UUUCUUCAUGCUCUCUCUCUCUACGCUGACAGUGGCGCCCUCUAGUGUUGCCUCCAAAUGACUGCAUCUGUCUUGUCACCUGAUCGAAUCCAGGAAGCAAAGCGUAACAAGCCCUGCAAUCUGACACCCCUGUAGUUAUCGACAGAGAAAGACGAACUAGAUCGAUAUCUUAGUUCAUUAAGUCACACAGCGACACCAUGGUUCAAUGUUUCCUGAUCCAUACCGUUAACCCGGUAAGCACUCUGGCCCCCGGGGAGAGCCGCGUGCUCUACUCCCGUGUGUUUGGACCGGAGGAGGGCGCGCUGACCGGGGCGGACAGUGAACUGGGACAGGAAAAGAGGCGGCUUCUGCAAAAUGAAAAGGUAGCGGUGGUGGCGAGGCAGGUGCGUAGUGCAGUGACCCUGUCCCGUGAGGCGUCAGGCCGGGUGUUGGUAGAGACCGUACUGGGAGAGGAGCUGGUGGCUCUCCAAGAGGCUGACAGCGGGGUUCAGCGGCUGGGGAGGGGAGAGCCUUGGGCUGGGGAGAGGAGUGCCCUGUGGCUGGGGGUCCAGAGCCUAGCCUUCACCCUGGUCACUGAGCCCCAUGAGAACCUGCUUCUGGCUGAGGGGACCCUGAAGAGCAUCACCAGACAUUGUCUGGAACAUCUACGCAUGCUGGGGUCGGGGAGUGAGGUCCUGUUGAAGAGUGACCGUAUCGAUGUCCUGCUCCACCGUCUAUUACCACACGGUCAGCUGCUGUUCCUCAACCAUCGCUUCACUCAGAGUCUGGAGAAGGAGCUGGCUAAUUACAUGGCCCAAUGAGAGAGAAGGAGAGGAUGGCGUAUUAUGCCAAAAAAAGAAGGUCUGAAAACGGAGAGAUGCCAUCCAAACUUACAAAACAAAACAAAUAGCUUGUUCAACUUAAUGUUGAAAACAUUUUUAUUACGCCGCUCUCUAAUGAACACUACCCUUGGAGAAUAGGAGUGAACUACACGGACCUUGCUCUUCUCUCCCUUGGGAUAGCACGGGCAAACAGGAAGUGGGUUGAUACCACGGGCUAACAGGAAGUGAGUUGACCUGAGGGGUCCAGAACAGAAAGACACAACUAUCCAUCACACAGAGACUGUUAUUGUCACAAAGCUGCAUUCAAUAAUGGCCUGAAGAGUGUCUGAACUGUCUCUUUGUCUGUGACCUUACCCAUCCAGGAGAUGGAAAAUGAACCUUUGUGGCAGAGGUAUAUAUUUGUCACGUGCUGAAUACAACACGCCUUACUGGGCAAUGCUUACUUACAAGCCCUUAACUAUUUUUAAGAAAAAUAAGAGUUAAGACAAUAUUUACUAAAGUAAGGGGGAGUGGGA